AUGAGCUCAGACGCCUCCAACGACUCAUUGUACUUGGAUUCCAAUGUUGCGCUCGCACAGCGGAUGCAGUCCGAGAGCGAGGUGGAGCUGAAUGAGGCUACCCAUCAAGACGAGGGCCAGAAAGGUGUUCUCGCAGGCAUUAAACAUCGGUUUAACGUGAUGGCUCCUGGUGGUUCAAUUUCGGAGUUUGGGAAUAACGUUAGCUCAGCCGCCCAAGAGCAGGUAGUCGCCGCAAAGGAGACUCUACUGGAGGGGGCUGUACCUGCUGCGCAGGGAGCAAUGCGGACCGUUCAGGAUCAGAUGUGCACCAUUGCAGGUGGAGCCACUGAAAGCAAGGAGACGGUAUCUGAAGAGAGCAGCCCUAAAUCCUCUGGCCAGCGCACGAUCCAAACCCAAGUAAUCGGCCACUUGGCCCAAAUGAUCGACACCCCAGAAGCCCUCAGUCUCACCGUUGAGGUUCGUGCACUCGAACCACGGCAGCCCGAAAGCACCCGAGUCAAAAGAGCGAUUGGUGUUCGCGGUCAGAAGCGCCUUGAUCUGUUGAUCAUUCAUCUGAACUCUUAG